AGUCACCUACAGUCAACGGCAGCCAGACACACUACAGCUGUCUACAGGGAGCGGAGAGCGCAGAGCUGCAGCUACACAAGUGUUUCUGGAGACUCUACAGCACAGGCACACGAUGAUGAGGGUCAGCCUGCAAACUCUGACAACAUGUCUACUAUUGUGCUGUGCAAUAACAGAACUGACAGCAGAGGCACCCAACACACUAACAUCAUCCUCCUCAACAACAGAACGACCCCUCCAGCCCACAACUGUGAAGAGUCCAACGCAGCCAAACAACAAAACAACUUCCACCUCUGCAGUUACACAAAACACGCAAGCGACAGCCAGCACUGAGGACAAAACUACAGACUCAACAGCUUCAUCACAAACUGAAACCCUCUCCACAUCUAUCACUUAUCAGACCCAGGACCCUACAUCAGAGCUUUACUCAACAACUUCAACCAAUGCAACAUCAACCACCACUCCCAGCACUGACCCAACCGACACCACCACCCCCAACAACAACAACAGCACUGACCCAACCGACACCACCAUCCCUGACACCACCAACUACAUCAGCAGCACUGCCCAAACCACCGCCACCCCCAACACCACCAGCAACAACAACAGCACUGACCCAACCAGCACCACCAUCCCCGUCACCACCAGCGACAUCGGCAGCACUGCCCAAACCACCGCCACCCCCAACACCACCAGCAACAACAACAGCACUGACCCAACCAGCACCACCAUCCCCGUCACCACCAGCGACAACAACAGCACUGACCCAACCGACACCACCACCCCCCCCAACACCAGCACCACCUCCAGCACUGCCCAAACCAAAACCACCAUCCCCCCCAACACCAGCACCAUCUCCAGCACUGCCCAAACCAAAACCACCAGCACCACCACCCCCCAAACCAGCAGCACCACCCCUACAGCCACCAAGACCACCACCAGUACCGCCUUAACAACCACACUGGUACAUGAGGCACAGGAGUCCAAGGCUCUGAGUUCAGGACGUAUUGCAGCCAUUGUAAGUGUGGUCAUCCUAACUGCCAUUGUGGUGUUAGGUGGGCUGUACUACUACAGGUUCAGACGUACAUCCUAUGGUCGUCUCCUGGAUAACACUGACCUCGACACUUUCACCAACCCCAUGUAUGACCCUUAGGUCUUAACUUUGGACCUCCAACACCAGAGAUGACCCCAAAAACCAAAAGACCUCAAGUCUGCAGAAAGAGCCAUUCUGCUCAGAGUGUGUUUAAAGUGUGGGUAAUUAGUUCAGGACUGUCAGAUUAUAUAACUGUGACAGGUAGCCUGAUAGCUUGAUUGCACUCAGUUGCAAAAUGCAAAGCAAAUGUAACUUUUUUCUUUCUUUCUUUUUCUUCUUCUGUACAAGCUGCUUAGAAAAGAUGAAAGCAGAUACAAUUGCAGUUUUUACUCAGGUUGCCUUUCAAUCCAGAUCAUGAACCUCACUGGAUAUUUUUAGAAAAAGGAGUGGAUUAUGGGAACAAGGUGUUUUUACAGUGGAAAAAAAGGUUAAAAGUAUGACCAAAACUUAACCCUAAGCCUUUGUAAAAAAGGAAAAAAAGACUUGUGUGACCACAAAGUGCAAAUAAUUUACAGUAGAUUAACAUCAUGACUGAAAAGUUCACUUUUUUUUAAUAAUGGUUUGUUUUUAUAGGCACCUGCUGAGAUACUACUUCCUUACUUAAACUAUGAAAUAUCACAUUUUCAGUUAUCAACCUAAAUGUAGCUGGCAGUCUGGCAAUACAGAGUCUAUUAUCAACACUAUGGCACUUAGAAAGCACUCAUCUACAAAUUUCCUGCCUUUAAGUAUCCUUUAAGCUUCAGUACAUCGGGCGGAGGUAGAGAAUUAGCCAUAUGUAGUCAGACAAAAUGGAGAUCCUGAACAGGUUUGUGAUGGCACAUAACUGUUGUGGUAUUUCCUGUAUGGUUUGAUAGAACAGUGAGUGAUGCACUGAAAGAAAAUGAGAAUGAAGGAAUAGCAAUAAAAAUUUUAAGGAGGAAGACAAAUAGGAAGGAAAAGAUAUUAAAAUAGAAACCAAGAACAAAACUAUAUUGCAUUUUCAAUUUUCAGUUGGAACUUGACAGUAGACAUUUUAUUUGCAUUUUUGAGCAGAAAAGUGAGAACUAAGGCUUGCUUUCAUACAUAUGUUUACAAGGCAAAGGCAUUUUGGACAUUUUGAAGUGACACAGAGGGGCAGUGUUACUGUUUGUUAGCAGCUCCAACAAAACAGAAAGGAGACUAAUUUGAGGAAAAUGUCUGAGGUUCUUUUCAUUUGCUUUCAAAUUAAGUCUGUAAAAGUGUAUUUUUCCCAUCUAAGGCUUUGCAUAAUCUGUUUUCUUUAAGAAAUGUCUUUUGCAUAUAUCAAAUUGAAUGGUGCAGAGGUUAGGAGAAAUCUGUUUUCUAGUUCUUGUAUUCAUCCUGCCAAAAGCACUGGAUCCCCACCUGCUCCAAGUGCUGGUCUGCACCUUUGACCUUCCUGUAGAGGAACCAAAACAAAACAUUUCCUCACAGCAAACAUUUCAGAACAAAGCUGCUCUAAAUCCAAUUGGAACUUUUGGAAAAACUCCAUUAGGUCAAAUGUGGUCGUAAUAGUAUGUGGUGUAUGAAAAACUGUCAAUGACCAAUUUUAACCACGAUUUAUGAGUGAGUUUUUUAUGGUUGAAUAUUAUCUGUGUGGAGUUUGUUUGGGUUUGUGUGUAAUUUCGCUGUGCUUUGCAGCUCAGGCUGUACAUUUGACUCAGUCAGUAUUUACAGUACUGUUUGUUUGCAUUCAGGUGAAGAAUUAACAACAGUUUUUAUGCUUUUGACUAAAUUUUAUUGUAUAAUAUGAUUACUGUAUUACAUUUUUUUGUGAAUUAAAAGUGAAAAGAAAAAUGUGAGUUCCUAUGAAGAUCAUUUGCAGGAAACUCAGAUAACAAUGAUAAAAAAAUGGCAUAUGACACUGGGCAUUGGGUUUAGGCUCUAUGUGGGGUUGCUAGAAAUGCAGAUAGGGUCAUGGAAUACUUCUGAAACUGUUGGAUUUUCUAAAUAAAUGUAAUGAUAUAACAAUUGACAUAUUAAUUAAAACCAAAAGGGUUUAUCCUCUGGGGAGCAGGGAUGUAGUCAGUGAAGUCCAUUAUAUCCAGUCCAUUAGAUUUGAUAUUUCAGGGGAACAAGUGUAACAGAGUAGCACAAAAUAAAAGGUUAUAGGUCACAAAAAACAUCAAGAUUUCUCCUCAGGGGACAGUGAAUACCCACAAAAAUGUAAUUAAAAUCUAAUUGAUAUUUGCCUUUGGACCAAAAGUAGUGCUGAGACAAUUAGCCUAUUGAUUAAUGAGUUAUACA